ACUACAAUUUGUGUUCUUCACAACUAUGAAUCUCCAUCCUUUCCGUAUCUCUAUACCUAUGGAUUUUUAUCUUUCCAUAAACCUCUUUGAUGUAUUACUCAAUUCAAUUGUUAAGAGAUUUUCCUCGCCAGAGAACUUCCACUACUCGCUUCUACCACCAUCAACACCGAGGCUCAUAAAGGAUGGGUCAUCUCAAUUUAUCACUUUAAUUGGAGAAGACUAUAAUGACUAUCUUCAGUAUCAAACAUCAAGGAAACAAUCAUCAACUGCUUGCACAAUACAACUUGGUAACUCAUUUUCUUAUGGCGCACAGUCUUCAUCUCAAGAACAAUGGAUUCUUGAUGCUGGUGAUUCUGACAAUAUUUCUGUGUCAGCUAUUAAUCUGAAAUCCACUGAGCUGCAGGCAUCUACUUCACAUACAAAGGGGGAAUUCACUUAAACUAAAGAGGGUAGAUAAAAAAAAGGUUGGGAGAAUAAUGAUCAAGUUUAUUGUUGUACCAUAUUGUUGUAGCGCAUUGUAUGUGCUGGAACACAGACGAUCUUAUUAAGGUCUAAGAUUAAUCAAGUUAAAGCUUGUGAUUAAAGGUAUGUCCUUACCCUAC